AUGUCUCUGCCUGUUGCCAUUGUUACUGGUGCCAACUCUGGCUUGGGCAUGGCUUUAGCAGUGAAGCUGGCACGGAAUCAUCUGGUCUUCGCAGGCAUGCGUAGCCUCACGAAGAAGGAUGCCUUGAUCGAGGCUGCAGCAAAAGCAGAGGUUUCCGCCAACAUCCGCACCUUGGAGUUGGACGUGAACACGGACGCCUCAGUGGAGUCCGGGCUAACUCCUGCUCUCAAGGAAGUUGGCCGAGCUGACGUGCUGGUGAACAAUGCUGGCUACAGCCAGGCUGGUAGCGUGGAGAUGAUGACUAUGGAGGCAAUGAAGGCGCAGAUGGAGACGAACCUCUUUGGUGUCAUUAGGUGCCAGAAGGCGGUACUUCCGUACAUGCGCCAGCAGAAGUCGGGCAAGAUCAUCAACAUUUCCUCUGUUGGCGGCAUCUGGGGUCAGCCUUUCAAUGACAUUUACUGUGCCUCCAAGUUUGCCCUUGAGGGUAUGACAGAGAGCCAGGCUCCACUGUUCCGAACCUUCGGCGUGCAUGUCUCAUGUGUGGAGCCAGGCGCAAUCAAGUCUGCUUUCUGGGCCAACGCACAGGUGCCAGAUACUAGCGCAAUGCCAGCAGAGUAUCAGAAACCACUUCAGUCAACCAUGGGAGCUUAUGGCAAGUCUGCAGGUGCUGGCCAGACACCUGACGAGGUAGCCGAUGUGAUCAUUGAGCAGAUCAUCAAUGUAUCAAAUCCGCCCGUUCGUGUCCAGACAAAUCCCAGCAUCCAGAAGGUUUUCGAGCAGCAGCUGGGGCAAAACAUCUCUGGGGAAACCGCUUCUCAGGCGUCCACAGUGCGUUUCUUGAGCGAUCUUUGA